GUAAGCCAUUUCUGUCGAAGGUAACUUCAAUUCAGACAAAUGCAACCAAUGCAUUUUGUCUUUUAAAGGCCAAAGCACAAAACAAAACAUGCAAGCUUUGUUCUCAAAUGAAAUUUUUAACCCCCCCUUUGUUUGUUUGUCAGCCUCUAGUUUAUUCCCUAUUUGUGUUUUUUUCUUUGUAUAUUUUGUUUUUCCAGAUUGGGAGAAAGAAAGCAGGUUUUUAAUAAAUGUGACUUGAAUUUCAUUUUGUCAAGUGUACAAGAGUUUUUUUUUGACAAAAUUCAUACAGCAACGUAGCAUCUCAGCUUCUUUUUAUCAGAACAAAGUGAUAAUCGACGUGUUUGUUUCUGUAACCACAGCAAUUGUUGCUUGAUAAAACCUGCAGUGUUAGUGGAACUGGACUUUUUGAUGGAUUUAAGACUGUUGAAAACGAUAACCACACAGCCUCAGAUAAAGUUCUUUUAAAGUAGCACUGGGAUGUUUUUGUUUUUUAAUGUACAACCUGCAAGGCAUGAAUUGAGAAUCACUGUACUUUGGGUUCCGCUAGCAGUUUUUUCUGUGGAGGACAUAUGGAAAAGAUUUAUGGAAGGAUGCGAGAAGCCACCAGGAUCUGCCUAUUUUAUGAUAAAUGAUUGAGAGAGGUGUUUUGUAUUUGCAUAACAAUAAAUUAUUUCAAACAUUUUGGUAUUUGUGCUUUUUGAAAAUAUUAGAUAUUCAACCGUUCAAAAAUACAAUUCAAUAGGCUGCUUCGAAAAUAUGUCAAAUCAGCCAUUUUUUUAGUUGAAAGUAGGAAAAGAAGUUAAAAAAAACGGUGAUGGCACAUUUGAAAUUGUAGUGAAAACAGUAUAUUUGUCAAGCACUAAGUUUAUUUCAAAUGCAGACUUUGUAAACUUUUUGCAUGUCAAAGCCGCAUAACCAAAAAAAUACUUCUUUUUUACCUUAUCUUAAAGUGUUAGUCUUAUUUUGAAAAUCCAACAAACAGAUUAGCUGCAGCUACUUUACUAGCUAAACAGUAAUAAACAUAAAUCUUUUGUUCUCAAGAAAGAGACAAAGUUGCUUCUUUUUGUCCCAAAUUUAGCACAAAUUAACCAAAACACAACUAAGUUUAAUUACCAUAAUCUAGAAACUCUUAUAUAAAAAGAAAAAAAAACGUCAAUUUCCGCCUAAAGGUUAGAUUUCCGGUGUCGUAUCGAUGCCUUUCAAAAUGAAACUACAUGCAUGACCCAAAAUAUGAAACUUAAAAUAGCUUACAAAGAACAUUGUGUUAUCUUUUUUUUAAUAAGCGUUUUCAGAUAUAUUUUUAAACAUUUUUUACGAAUGUAGUCCACCGAACAAAUGGUUAUUUUGCCAAUUUGUUGUUAUGGAAAGGAAAUAAAAAAACUGAAGGAAGCCAAUGAGCGGAACUCUUGUUUUUACUGUUUUCCAAAUAGAUGCGGAGUAGUUUAGCUGACGGACAUCAGACAACUAGCUAGUUAGCAGCAAACGGAAACAAAGCCGGACUCUAAAGCAAGUUCUGAUGUUACUCGGUCAAACAUUUGAGAGUACCCAGAGAUAACCUUUUAGUGUUGACAUUUUUACAGUCUAGAGCUUUGUGUCGAAGAUGGGAGUACCAAAAUUUUACCGGUGGAUUUCGGAGCGCUACCCCUGUCUCAGUGAAGUUGUCAAGGAACAUCAGAUUCCAGAAUUUGACAAUCUCUAUCUGGAUAUGAAUGGCAUCAUCCACCAGUGCUCUCACCCGAACGAUGAAGAUGUCCACUUCCGCAUCUCUGAGGAAAAGAUUUUUGCUGACAUUUUCCAUUACUUGGAGGUGCUCUUUAGAAUCAUCAAGCCUCGCAAGGUCUUCUUCAUGGCAGUGGAUGGUGUGGCACCAAGAGCCAAGAUGAACCAGCAGAGAGGACGCAGAUUCAGGUCCGCCAAAGAAGCAGAGGAUAAGAUAAAAAAAGCUCUGGAUAAAGGAGAGGUGCUUCCUACAGAAGCUCGCUUCGACUCCAACUGUAUCACUCCUGGCACUGACUUUAUGGCAAGACUUCAAGAGCAGCUUAAAUACUUCGUCCACAACAAGCUCUCCACUGACAAGCUCUGGCAGAACGUCAAAGUCUACCUGUCUGGUCACGAGACCCCUGGGGAGGGAGAACACAAAAUCAUGGAGUUUAUUCGUUCAGAGAACACUAAACCCGGGCAUGAUCCUAACACCCGGCACUGCCUGUAUGGCCUGGAUGCUGACCUGAUUAUGUUGGGUUUAACCAGCCAUGAGCCGCACUUCUCUCUGCUCAGAGAGGAGGUUCGCUUUGGAGGGAAGAAAUCACAGAAAAGGAUAACAGCUCCAGAAGAGACGACUUUUCACUUGCUUCACUUGUCUCUGAUGAGGGAGUACAUCGAUUAUGAGUUCUCAGGGCUUAAGAAUCAUUUGGGCUCUGACUAUGAUCUGGAGCGAAUCAUAGAUGACUGGAUUUUAAUGGGGUUCCUUGUCGGGAAUGACUUCAUCCCCCAUCUGCCUCAUCUUCACAUUAAUCAUGAUGCUUUGCCAAUGCUGUACAAGACUUACAUCAGUGUGCUACCCAGCCUGGGGGGUUAUCUGAAUGAAAACGGACACUUAAACCUCAAAAACUUUGAGAAAUACAUGGAGAAACUUUCAGAGUUUGACCGAGAACAUUUUAAUGAAGUGUUUGUGGACUUAAAGUGGUUUGAGAGCAAAGUGGGAAACAAAUAUCUGAACGAGUCGGCUGGUCUGGCGGCCGAGAAGGAAUCUGCUGGGAGAAAGUUCAACAAGAACAAGGAUGCGUCCCUCGGUCUUUCAGCCCCGACUUCCUCUGACAAAGCGACUGAACGCGGAGUGGCUGAUGAUGAUGAAGAGGAGGAGGAUGAUCUGUUUGAGACAGAGUUCAGGCAGUACAAACGCUCGUACUAUAUGACCAAGAUGGCCGUAGAUGUAGUGUCUGAUGAGUUCCUUGCUCAGCAAGCCAAGUGUUAUGUGGAAGGCAUCCAGUGGAUUCUUCACUACUAUUAUCAUGGAGUUCAGUCCUGGAGUUGGUAUUACCCUCACCACUACGCUCCGUUCCUGUCUGACAUCAGAAACAUUUCGGAUUUAAAGCUGACCUUUGACCUCGGGGAACCCUUCAUGCCCUUCCAGCAGCUGCUGGCGGUCCUGCCUGCCGCCAGCAUGGGACUUCUCCCAGAAUGCUACAGGCACCUAAUGACCAGUGAGAACUCUCCCAUUAUUGAGUAUUAUCCUGUCGACUUCAAAACCGACCUCAACGGCAAGCAGCAGGAGUGGGAGGCUGUGGUGCUCAUUCCCUUCAUCGAUGAGAAACUUUUGUUAGCCGCCAUGGAUCCCUACAACCACAAGCUGACAAGAGAGGAAAAAGCCAGGAACGGUCACAAAGAGUGUGCCGUUUAUUCCUACGACCCGGAGAUAGACUUCACGUACUCCUCCACGCUGCCUCAGCUGUUCCCUCACAUCGUACACUGCCAUGUCAGGAAAGCGAGCAUCCCCAUGGACGCCUGGCACGUGUCUUCAGACCACGUGGUCAGACGUUUUGACCGCUCAUCUCUCUACUUCUGUGGGUUCCCCACUUUGCAGCACAUUAAACACAAGUUUUACAAGAAGAAGAGCGGCGUGGUCGUCUUCCAGCAGAGCAGCAGAGGGGAGAACAUGAUGCUUGAAAUCCUCCCCACCCAGGAAGGAGAAACGAUAUGUGAUGAUGUUGCUGGUCAAGUGCUGGGGAAGCCUGUGUUUGUUAAUUGGCCCCAUCUAGAGGAAGCUCGCAUCAUUGCAGUUUCAGAUGGGGAAACAAAAUUCAUUUUAGAAGAACCCCCUGGAGUCCAAAAAGUGUACGACAAGCCAUCGACCCCCCCUCCCACUAAAGUUACUUACCUCUCUGACAAAGAUCAGAAGGAAUGGGUGAAGGACGUUCAGGGAAUCACUGAAUUCUACGUAAAGAGAAAAGGCAUCGUAAUUAAUGAGACAGACGUGGUUUUGUACGGACAACUGCUGACGGGAAGAAAAUAUGUUCCAAAAGAGAAAGGAGUGGUAGAACUGGAGAAGCAGUGGGCCAAACAGGUCCUGCCGUUUGCCUACCAGGCCGUGGUUAAGGAUAUUAAGGCCUUUUAUUCAUCUUUGACCUGCUUCAAGAGCCUGGAUGAGCUCUUUCCUCCUGCAACCACAGUCUUCAUGGUGGGGGCCCCAUAUUAUGGUGCAACGGGAGAGGUCCAGGAUUCCCAAGAUGUCCUUAAAGAUGGCCGAAUACGAGUGGUGUUCAGCGUUCCCCAUGAGCCGCAGCUGGAACACCUCAUCCACAAUCAACACAAAUACUCUGUGAGGUACAGUCCAGGAUACGUUCUGGCGUCCCGCCUCGGCAUCAGUGGCUACCUUGUCUCUCGCUUUUCCGGAAGCAUCUUCAUUGGCCGAGGCUCCAAGAAGAAUCCUUGUGGGGAGCAAAAAAGCAACGUUGGGUUAAACCUGAAGUUCAACAAGAAAAACGAGGAGGUUCCUGGUUACACCAAAAGGAGCGAAAAGGAGUGGCUGUACUCUGCUGCUGUGGAGGAGCUGCUUGCUGAAUACCUCGACAGGUUUUCAGAGGUGUUUGAUGCUGUGUCCAGAAAUAGCCAUGAUGACAUUUUCUAUGAAGAUGACAUUUGGCCUGGAGUGGACCAAAACGGGGCAGAGAAAGUGGCAGAAAUCACAUCUUGGUUGAAAAGUCAUCCAGUCAGCUCUAUAAGCAGGGCGUCAUGUGACCUCCAAGUAUUGGACGCUGCUAUUGUUGAGAAGAUUGAGGAAGCUGUAGAGAAAACCAAGGUAAAGAAGAGCACCAAAAAAGUGCGCGUGACCGUCAAGCCUCACCUCCUCUUCAGGCCUCUGGAGCAGCAGCAGGGUGUGGUUCCAGACCCGGACGCUGAGUAUCGCCUCUUUGACAGAGUGGUUAACAUAAGGGAGAGCUUUACGGUCCCUCUGGGUCUGCGGGGAACCAUCAUUGGCAUUAAAGGAGCCGAUCGUGAGGCAGAGGUUCUGUAUGAGGUUCUGUUUGAUGAGGAGUUUGCUGGAGGUCUCAUUAUCAGAUCCGCGUCGCCGCGUGCGUACCGCCUCCCCCCGUUCGCCCUCAUCAACCUUUCACACGGAGUCCGAACGGAUCACGGUUUCCACAAACUGACCGCCAUCGUCAAACCUCAACCUUCCGCCGCCAACUUCUACUCAAACCGUCAAAUGGGAGGCCUCAAUCACUCUCCCCGCUCGCCCUUUGUUCCAACACAGCACAACAACAAGGCCGGUGUGGUGAAGGCUGCAGCUCAGGGAAACAGGAACUCUCCUUCUAAAGGUCCAAAUCACAAACAAGUCAAGAGCAAAGAAGAUUACAACAACGUGUGGCAGUCUCUGCAGAGGGCGGGGCCUCCCAACAAGCCGCCUGCUCACUGGCAGAAUAAUAGUCCAGCUGGAAGCAUCAGACUUUUAAAGAAGAACGAAGACGCCAGCUCUUUUUCUUCCUCGGAGAACUCGGCCAAUAAAGGUAUGAGUGAAUUUGAAAUCCUGAUUUCCAGUCUGAAGGUCACAGAGGGAGGCCAGCAAGCCGCACCUCCUCCUGCUCCCACGCAGGAGCAGAACAGCCAAUCAGAAGGCCCACUGUCCCCUCAGUCAUUCGCAAUGAAAGGAACUCUGGUGUUGAAGGAGAUGCUUAAGAUCGAUAGCGGUGGUCAAGGAAGUCCGUCAUCCCAAGAAAUGCCCAACAUGACUGCCUCCAGCGACCAACCACAGAGCAGGAGAAGAUCCUCUAAGAAACUAGCUGCAAAAAUGGACGCCCCUCAGGGCGGCGCCCCGGUGCUGCCUUCACCAACACCAGCCGCCCCUGCCAACGCUGUGCCUAACAGUAAAGUAUCAGAGCUGGCCUGUGUCUGCAUGGGGUUAGGGAUGACGCCUCCUGACUUCAGCCUCCUGCGCAACAGACAGGGUUUGGUAGUGUGCCAGGUGAAGCUCUCCAACGGGUUGAUGGUUCACGGUCCACAGUGCCAGUCAGAAAAUGACGCCAAGGAGAAAGCGGCCUUCUUUGCCCUCCAAAGACUGAAAUCUGUGGGGUCAGGCUUCCCCAUCCCAGCUCCUCUGUAUCCGGGAUUGGGGCAAAUACGACCCAUGCCGAUGGGAGCCAUGCCGCCUGUGUUCAACCAGCAAGGUGGCUUGCUCUUGCCCCCUCAGGGUUACCCCCACAACCCUCUUUGGGGAAUGACCCUUCCCCCUCAUCAACACCCAAACCAGCCCUUCUACGCAACAGCGGGGACCUUCCCCGGCGCUGCUCGCCCCCAACAGUCCCCCUCUGUGCCCAUCGGCUCCCACAACCAGUUCAUCCCCUUACAGGUGACUAAAAAGCGAGCGUCAGCCAACAAAAAGAACCAAGAAACCAGAGAGUUUUACAGCGCCGCUCAAACCGUCGCCAAGAACCAGUCGAAGAACCAACAGUCUUCUCAGCUGCCAGCCCAGAGCCAACCCCCGUCCAGCCAGCAGGACACCUGCGCGGACCCCUCCUCCGCUCCCAGCGUCUCCACGGCAACGGCAUCCCUACGAACACCACCUCGACAGAGCGGACAAACGGCCGGCCACACCCCGGGAUCCGGCUCCAAAAGGAAGCACAGGAAGUUGGCGGUCAACUUUGAGGCAGCGAAAGUUUCGGAGUGAUCCCAAGUGUGUGUGUUUGUGGAGAAGAGAGGAGCUUCAUACAAAGCUGAAAGAAAAAAAAAAAACAAAAAAAGAAAAAACGUCCACUGACAUCUGAAUUUAUUGCAUUUAAAAAAAACA